CCAAGCCGCCUUGUCCUGAACGACCGCAGUUGCGUGCCGGGACCCGCCCCUGAUGCACAAUGAACAUUUUCUGUCUAUUCUUUAUUAUUGCAAUAGUUAAAUGUGUUAAUGCUAAAAUAAGUGGAGGUCCACGAGGACGAUUCGACCAUGACGUUCAGUACAAACCAAACAAUCAUCAUGUCAGCGCGCAUCACGCACACUUCUCGUACCAUCCACCCAGCGUAAUACAUUUCAUGUGCCGUCAUUGUUCCCAUUUUGUUACGUACCCCGUGUACCAUGGACUACCACCUACCUAUGUGUAUAAGUAUCGUGAGGCUGGCGGAAGAUUUAGUGAAUUGUUGACUGGAUUAGCUUUGUACAACUUGGGAAGAGCUGCAGCAGAGCGGUGGCAGUACACGCAUUUCUAUCCAGUUCGCCCAGGCGAAAAAUGUUCUAUGGAAGUUAUUGAUCGGAAACACAUCGAAGAAAUCAAAUUUCCUUGCUUCCUCAUGUCUUCCUUUAUAGAGCGCUCACCGGAGAGUUUUCUGCCAGGCCCUGGUGCCUUGGAUAUAACUUCGCCUCAGAUAGACAUUCGUCCUUUCCUGCAGCACAACGGUUCGACCCUCAAGAUAACAAGGGAGCAAGAAUGUGUACUGUGGCACAAUACUACAUUAAAUAAGGAAAGGAACGUUAUAGCCUGUGCCCUGUUAAAAGAAUACUCGGAAACCAUGAAGCCCUCAGGUAUACCAGUUUAUGUGUGGUUGCCGUCGACACUAGCGUUGGUAAUGACUAUCUACAUUUUUGGUUAUUGUUUUUGCAAGAGAAGGAUUCGAAAAGAGAAGGAACCGGUCAACAAUGGUAUGGUAAUAGAUUAUUGUAGUAGUCAUUAUUAAAUAAAC